AUCGUCUUACGGAAACGAUCAGAUGUUUUCGCGCUGUAGACGGUUGAGCACCGAAGCUCCAAACAUGAUACGUAUCAAUAAACUUACCCUGCUAGUGGUGGUGUUGGUUUGUUGGUGUUGUGUGACCGGUAUAAAAGUGGAUGAGCAACUGAGGAACGACAAAAACCUGUUAUAUCAGAAUCUAUUUAAAUCAGAUCAGUUUGCCAAGUCCAGCAAUGUAGCGUCGACGAGGGUGGCGCCUAGACCGUCGAGCGACAGCAUAUUGGGGCCCAUGCCUAAACACGCCACGAAUAAGUCGGCUUCACUAACGGAAGACGAGGUAUUAAAAACGAGGGCCGUGGUGGCGGAUGUUAGUAACAGCAACUUGAAGAGUACGAUCAAUGAAAAACGAGCGGAAAAGUGCAAGGAGAAGUGUCCAGCCAAUAUCAAAGAUUGUUGCCGGUACGCCAUAGCAGAAAAGAGUUGCCACAAUGCUACUGAUGACCCCGUAUCGUAUUUUGUCAACCCUAGCUAUCCAAGUGAAGACUGGGACUCUUCUUUUUGUGACUUCCGGGUGGACAUCAAAAACAGAAAUGUGUGUCAACUAAGACUGGAUUUGGAAGAGUUUUCCUUGAGAGGACCACACAAGUACUUAGGCAGUUGUCGACAGGACCGUCUUAUUAUAUCUACUACACUACCAAAUGGCAUUGGAAUAACCGAAUUAUGCGGAAAUAACAGCGGUCAACACUUGUAUUUCCCGGUAGACCCUAAGGCUGGUGGCUCAUCCGUAUCGCUCAUGAUGAUGACGUCACUGUCUUCCCGAUACGUAUGGAAGGUACGCAUUACCCAAAUCGAUUGCACUGCUGAUCCUCAAUCCGUCGCACCUACCGGAUGUCUGCAAUAUCACACCAGCCUCAGUGGCACCAUACAGAGCUUCAACUACGCAGGUGGUAUGUACCAAUCGGGACUAGACUACGCAGUAUGCAUCAAACGGUCCGUGAACACUUGCCGGGUCGAAUUCCAGCAGGUGCCCGGCUCCACGUUCGGCAUCAACUCAAUGGAAGGCGCGUCGCUCGAGGAAGGCAUUGGACGGGCAGGAGAAGUGAGCUGCGAUCUCGUGACACACGAUUACUUGCACAUCCCCGGUGGCAUGUUGGACAUCGGCGAAGAAAUCUUCGCGACCACGGGAAACGUGGAGGUGUACACGCCGACGGCGGAAAAAUUCUGCGGCCGCAGUCUGUCCGGUCUCGCCAUUCAAGAGUUCGCGGAGAAAAUCAAAAUAAACGAUCCGCUCGGCGCCCAGGACAACAACACGAUCGCGACACCGGUUACGACUUAUGCGUCCGGACCGAUCAUAGUCAGAUUCCACACGGACAGUGUGACUGUAAGAGAAAGAGAUAUUGGUUUCUCGAUCGCUUAUCAACAACUCGGCACCGGCUGCAAUAAGAACAAAAUCAGACGAUGAUUUCAAGUUCCUUUCUUGAGUGUGUUCAACGUAUGUUAUCGGCGAUCGUUAUCAAACAUAUAUGUAUAUGCAUAAGUUUGAAUAUAAAUUAUUUAUUAAACUGUCCUUGUAUAAAUCUAUGAUUA